GCUUGGGCGUACGCGCAUACAUACACACCCCGCACUGAUCGAGUGACCAGCAAGGCAACAAGCCUAUAAAUAUCGACCCCAGGUUCGCUGCUCCCUCCACGGCAAACUCGUGCUUCCACCUUGCUAUUCUCAGUUCCUCCAUUACCCUGAAAUUCUAUUCUAGCCAAAUUAAGCAAGCCGCGAUGAAACAGAAGAUCGUGAUCAAGGUGGAGAUGACGUGCGACAAAUGCCGGUCCAAGGCGAUGGAGCUGGUAGCGGCGACGGCAGGGGUGGACUCGGUGGCGCUCGCCGGGGACGGCAACAAGGACCAGGUGGUGGUGGUUGGCGACAACGUCGACUCCAUCAAGCUCACCAGCGCGUUGCGAAAGAAGGUUGGGCACGCGCAGCUCUUGCAGGUCGGAGAGGUCAAGAAGGAGGAGGAGAAGAAGAAGCCUGCCGAAGCAGCCGCCGUCGUCGAGUACGCGUACCCGUGGCACUACUACCAGUACCCUGCAGCCGGCGCCUAUGGCUACCCUCAGUAUUACUCCAGCCCAGGCGCCUGCUGGAUGUAGCCACAGCAUACUGAUUUUCGUGAGCAGCAUAUGUAUACAGAGAGUUCGCGAUUGAGAGGGUACCUAAUUACCUAUAGACUAUAGAGUUCUUGAGUUUUUUUCACUUCAAUCGCGGUUUUGCUUUAGUAGGAUUGCAAAUGCCAAUAGUGGGAUCUGUGUUGGGUUGGUUAAUGUAAAGCUUCGUGAUUACUUAAUUGAUAGAUU